UCACAGGGAGCCCUCCAGGAAAUCCCCUUCUAGUGUUUAGUCCACACACGUGAGUCUUCCCCAAAGUUGGGCGAGAGUCCCGUCCGCUCUGCAUUCCUUCUGCGUCUCUGACAUGGAGGAAAUGCUGUCUUUUUGGGAUGUGGCCAUUGAUUUCUCUCCAGAAGAAAGGGAAUGCCUGGAGCCUGCUCAGUGGAAUUUGUACAGGGAUGUGAUGUUGGAGAAUUACAGCAACCUUGUGUUCCUUGGUCUUAUUGUGUCAAAGCCACACCUAGUGACAUUUUUGGAGCAAAGACAAGAGCCUUCAUAUGUGCAGAGACAAGCAGCAGCCAACGUGCAUCCAGGAACAACACCUAAUGAUUAUAACAUUUACAACAAAGCCAUUGAUUGUAACCCACUGCAUAUUCAACACCAGAGAAUUCAUACAAAGGAAAAACUCUACAAGUGUGAUGAAUGUGGAAAGGGCCUAAGUUCUCAUAAAACACUUUCCAUACACAAGAGACUUCAUACUGGAGAAAAACCUUAUAUGUGUAUAAUAUGUCGUAAGGCUUUUAAUACUCGAGCAUCACUUUUUAUACACCAGAAAAAUCAUACUGAUGAAAAAACCUACAAAUGUGAAGAAUGUGGCAGAUUAUUUUACUAUCCUUCAAUGCUGAAGCAACAUCAAAGAAUCCAUUCUGGAAAGAAACCCUACAAGUGUGAAGAAUGUGGCAAAGCUUUUUAUGAGCUAUCAUUCCUUCAGGUGCAUCAGCGAAUUCAUUCUGGAGAGAAACCCUACAAAUGUGAAGAAUGUGGCAAAGCUUUUUAUGAACCAUCAUUCCUUCAGGUACAUCAACAAAUUCACACUGCAGAGAAAUCCUACAAGUGUGAAGAGUGUGGCAAAGGAUUUUCUUACUUUGCACACCUUAAGCAGCAUCAGACAGUCCACACUGGAGAGAAACCAUACAAGUGUGAGGAGUGUGGUAAGUGCUUUUCCUUAUCUUCAUCCCUUAGACGACAUCAAACAAUUCACUGGGAAGACAAUCCCUACAAGUGUGAAGAGUGUGGCAGAUGUUUUUAUUCAUCUUUAUCCCUUAGAGGACAUAAAAAAAUCCAUUCUGAAGACAAUCCUUAUAUGUGUGUACAAUGUGGCAAACGGUUUUCCUGUUCUAGGCAUCUUCAGGAACAUCGAACAGUUCAUACUGGAGAGAAACCAUACAAGUGUGAAGAGUGUGGUAAAUGUUUUUCCUUAUCAUCAUCCCUUAGACGACAUCAAAUAAUUCACUGGGAAAACAACCCCUACAAGUGUGAAGAGUGUGGCAGAUGUUUUUACUCAUCUUCAUCCCUUAGAGGACAUCAAAUUAUCCAUUCUGAAGUCAAUCCUUAUAUGUGUGUACAAUGUGGCAAACGAUAUUCCUCUUCUAGGGAUCUUCAGGAACAUCAAACACUUCAUACUGGAGAGAAACUGUACAAGUGUGAAGAAUGUGGCAAAGACUUUCGAAAGGCCAUUGAUUGUAACUCACUAAUUAUGCAACACCAGAGAAUUCAUUCAAGGGAGAAACUCUACAAGUGUGAAGAAUGUGGUAAGGGCCUUAGUUCUCAUAAAACACUUUCCAUACACAAGAGACUUCAUACAGGAGGAAAAUCCUACACUUGUAAAGAAUGUCAUAAGACCUUCAAUACUUGCUCAUCACUUUUUAUACACCAGAAAAACCAUACUGAUGAAAAAACCUGCAAGUGUGAAGAAUGUGGCAAAUUAUUUUAUUAUCCUUCAAUGCUGAAGCAACAUCAAAGAAUUCAUUCUGGAGAGAAACCCUACAAGUGUGAAGAAUGUGGCAAAUUAUUUUACUAUCCUUCAAUGCUAAAGCAACAUCAAAAAAUUCAUUCUGGAGAGAAGCCCUAUAAGUGUGAAGAAUGUGGCAAAUUAUUUUACUAUUCUUCAAUGCUGAAACAGCAUCAAAGUAUUCAUAGUGGAGAGAGACCAUACAAGUGUGAAGAAUGUCACAAAGCCUUUCAUUAUUACUCAAGCCUUAAAAACCACAAAGCAGUUCAUACUGGAGAAAAACUCAACAAGUGUAAACUGAGAAGAAAAAAAUUUACUAAGCCUGCCUUCCACACGGAGGACAAGGCAGCUUAUAUCACAGAGAAAGCCUACAAGUGUGAAGAGUGUGGCAAGUGCUUUUGCUCAUCUUCAUCCCUUAGACGACAUCAAAUAAUCCAUUCUGAAGACAAUCCCUGCAAAUGUGAAGAGUGUGGCAAAAAGUUUUCCUCCUUUGCACGCCUUCAAGAGCAUCAGACGGUCCAUAGUGGAAAGAAACCAUACAAGUGUGAAGAGUGUGGCAAAUGUUUUUGCUCAUCUUCAUCUCUUAAAGGACAUCAAACAAUCCAUUCUGAAGACAAUCCCUAUACUUGUGAAGAGUGUGGCAAAAAGUUUUCCUACUUUGCACACCUUCAAGAGCAUCAGACGGUCCAUACUGGAAAGAAACCAUACAAGUGUGAAGAAUGUCACAAAGCCUUUCGUUAUCACUCAUCCCUUACUAAACACAAGAAAGUUCAUACUGGACAGAAACCCUACCAGUGUGAAGAGUGUGAUAGAUGGUUUUCCUCAUCUUCAUCUCUUAGACAACAUAAAAAAAAGAAAAUUCACUCUGAAGAAAAUUCGUAAAACUGAGGGGAAUGUACAAACACUUAGUUAAUUGUUUUAUCUGUACUCAAUACAUGAUAGAAUUUAUAUGGGAGAGAAAUCCUACAAAUGUCUUAAAAAGUUUACUUCUCAACCCUUAAAAGAAAGCAAAUGAUUUAUUCUGGCUACAAACUUCCAUGAGUAUGUGAAGUGUGGUAAAAUCUUUGCUGAUAAUUCAGGUCUUAUCCACUCUAAUGUAUCCAUAGAGGAGAAUAUUAAGUUAAUUAUUUUGGAAUGUCAACACAAACAUCUAAUUAUCAAGAGCACAAAUACUAAGUAUGUCAUCAGAGAAGAGUAGAGACUUCUCUUUGCUGUAACCAACAACAGUUUGUUCAAGCAGUGUGUUUGAAACAUGUCUUGAUUAAUGGGUCUCUUUCUUCUGUAACUAUAAAUGUUCCCUGAAACCUUUACCAUGCCCUAACUUUGUCCACAGGGUACCUGGAAUCUGAGAUCUGGGCUGUGGCAUAGUUACUCUUGUUUUUCCCAGUGGAGUCAUCCAAGCUCCUGUCAUAUCUCCCCUUGGUGUGUAAGAAGCUCUGUCUCUCAGCUAGCAGGUUUUCACCCAGCAUUUGGCUCCUGAAUUCUUAUUGGUAAAAUAAAAGGCUAGAAGUUAGUUAAAACUACUGGAAGGCUCUUCCGGUCUUAGGCCUCAGCGUCAAGGCAGCAGCUACAGAGACUCAGUCAUCAGCUGAGUCAGAGAUGGCAUCAGGUGCAGCUGCUGUGCAUCAGAUAAAAAACAACAGUGCCCGUAGAGCAAUAAUGACAGGAAAGUUAUGAGAGCAACCAGUCACUUUCUGUUUGGAUUUGAAGCUUAUCCACAAAUGGUAACUGGUGUGAUGCUAAUUUGGUGAUAUACUUGUGCCUGGCUAGGUGAUAAGCCCUAGGGAGAAUUUAAUGCUGUUAUUCUAAUAAGUGGAUACUAACUAAAUGAACCCAAGUUCUCAUCCUUAUACUCGCAGAGUCAGGGUCCCAAGUCCUCAUCUUUAUACCCACAUUGUAAAAGAGGUCCCUUACAAACAUCUAAAGCCACAAGUCAGAGACUCCUGAGGGAAAAGAGGAAGAAAGAAUGUCAGAGGCAGAAACAGGAGAUGUCUGCACUGAGACAGCAGAAAUGUUUAAACAUUUCUAGAACAGUGAAACAUUGCUAGAAAUGUCAGCACCAUUUCAUGCUUGAACACACUGGGGCUAUUGCUACCUGUACAACACUUACACAGACUAAACCCCAGCAUACAAUAAGCAUGGUUGCCUAAGGGUCUCACUAUGUCUCACCCUGUGGAGGAGCUGUUUGGCAAUUGAUGGCUCCUGAGGGAGACAGUCAAUCUGAGAGUCUUCCAGUUUUCAGUCAACUGUCCUACACCCCUUCACAUGGAGGGAGCACUAAGUGGGAUGAAGAAAUAACACAGAAAAAGCUCACCAAGGUGGGAGAGUAAGUGUUUUUAAGGGUAAGAAACAAUAGGUGAAGGAAUGUGAAGAUUUGAAUUCGUGUAACAAAUUCUACCCAAAUAAAUAUCAUUUUACCUUAUUGGUUUUGUAUAUGUCCAAACUUGACUGGUUUUAGCAGUGAUUACAG